GAGGAGGGAAAGGGGGAGGACAGAGAAGGAACCUUUUCUUAACACGGCACCAAAGAUCCGCGUGUAUGCUGUGACGCGCUUCACUUCACCCCCAGACCCCACCCAAUACUAGGUCUCUGUGAAAAACACGACUCUCCAGCCACAGCGACCUCGGUACUUUGGCUUUUGAUGACAGCAGACACAAUGGGCAGAGAGCUCUAGUUUUACCAGCUCUGUUGGACUAAUCAGGAGGAGACUGAGAAGCAGUUAAAAGUUCCUGUCUGGCAGCUCAAGACUCCUCCCAGAGCCCAAGCCUCCAGGAACUCCAGAGACCAUGGUGCAGGACCAAGGGAGCCCCUGUGCCCAGGAAAGGCCGAAGUAGGACUCGCUGUGUAAAUCAGGGCUCGCCUGCCUCAGACUCUGCCGUGCCUGUCCCAGAAUGUCAUAUGUUGAAGGGGUUAAGAAUCAAGUUUAGGAUGGAACAUCACUGGAAUAAGUUCAAAGAGAAACAACACAUGGCUCUUUUGGACUGGCCAUUUUCCUACGGACUUUGAAGAGCGUCCACUUGUAUGUAACUCGAAUGUGAAUCUCCAGCAUUUCCUGACGGUAUCAGCACAGUUUAAAUGUGUUCUUGGAUAGAGGGUUAUUGUCCUACAAGCAUUCUAAAUACAUCUUCCUCACAAGUUCCAGCUCUUAUUUGUAGCGGAUGGGGGGAGGGAGCGGAGACUGAUGGCAAAUGUCAUGGAAAACUGGGGAGAUUUGUGGUUGGUUUAACUUGAUUGAAUCGUGUUUUGGGGAUUGGGGGGGCUGUUUUUUUAAAGUAGGACAAGGUUAAAGUGGCAUGGGUAAUUGGCAGAAUGUCCCCAAGCAGGGUUUAAGGACCGGAAUCCAAAUCUAGGUCUGUCUGAAUCCAAACCCCACCCUCUUUCCCCUGCCUUGCUCUUCCCUGCGUCUGCUCUGGCAUCUUGGUGCCUUAGAUGGGACUCAGCGUCACAGAGUUUGUCUAGGAUGCCUGAGGUCCUGGACUUGACCCCUAGUGCUACAAAAUGAAACACACAGAAAAGGGUCCCCGGUCCCCUCUCUGCACCUGUCCUGCAGAUUUAGCCUGCCUGCUGAAGACAGCAGACACCAGCAGUGGAGCAUCCCUAAGGCCCCUCCUCCGCAGCCGCCGCCCUGUGCCCGCCAGCUGGGAGCUUCACAGAGGCCCGGAAGCCAGACCUGAAAGCACCGGUCUCUUCAGACUGUGAUGUGUGUCCGGUAGAAAACACAAGAAUACAGCAACCACGAUGCGCACUUUGAUGGAGGGUGUGAGAUCCAUCACAGCAGAGCGUCAUCCUGACCGGCUCCGAGUCACCGCAGGUUCUCUGGAAACUCUGUCUUCAGGAAAAGACAAAGCCUAGGUGCUAAGAGGCGAACUGAAAUAACAUAAGAUCCGUGUGGAUCGCCUCGGCUUCUGAGGCUUGAAUGAUCUGAUUCUUGCAGCUGACUGACAGCUGAGUUUUUCACUGCCCUCGGUGUAGAAAUCGGAAUUCAGGUGCUUUUUAUCAUGCUGACGGGCCAGGACCAGGGAUCCCUCCGCUCGGGUUUGUGUCUGUGGUUUUGUGGAUUCUUGGCUUCCUUUAAAGGCUGUGCAGGCUGCGCGUCUGAAGAACAGCUUUUCCACACACUGUUUGCCCACUACAACCGAUUCAUCCGGCCGGUGGAGAACGUUUCUGACCCUGUCACGGUGCACUUUGAAUUGGCAAUCACACAGUUGGCCAAUGUGGAUGAAGUCAACCAGAUCAUGGAAACCAAUCUGUGGCUGCGUCACAUCUGGAAAGACUACAGAUUGCGCUGGGAUCCAACGGAGUAUGAUGGCAUUGAGACACUCCGUGUUCCAGCAGACAAGAUCUGGAAGCCGGACAUUGUUCUGUAUAACAACGCUGUUGGUGACUUCCAAGUCGAAGGCAGAACCAAAGCGCUUCUGAAGUCUGAUGGCAUGAUAACCUGGACCCCGCCAGCCGUCUUCAAGAGUUCCUGUCCCAUGGACAUCACCUUCUUCCCUUUUGAUCACCAAAACUGUUCCCUGAAGUUCGGCUCCUGGACUUACGACAAGGCUGAAAUUGACCUCCUGAUCAUUGGCUCUAAAGUGGACAUGAACGACUUUUGGGAAAACAGUGAGUGGGAAAUUGUCGAUGCCUCGGGCUACAAGCAUGACAUCAAGUACAACUGUUGCGAGGAGAUUUACACAGACAUCACCUACUCCUUCUACAUCAGGAGGCUGCCCAUGUUUUACACCAUUAACCUCAUCAUCCCCUGUCUCUUCAUCUCCUUCCUCACUGUGUUGGUCUUUUACCUUCCUUCUGACUGUGGCGAGAAGGUCACUCUCUGCAUCUCAGUUCUGCUCUCUCUGACCGUCUUCUUGCUGGUGAUUACCGAGACCAUCCCAUCCACCUCUCUUGUGAUCCCACUGGUGGGUGAGUAUCUACUGUUCACCAUGAUCUUUGUCACCCUGUCCAUUGUGGUGACUGUCUUUGUGCUGAACAUACACUACCGGACACCAGCAACACAUACCAUGCCCAAGUGGGUGAAGACCGUUUUCCUUCAGGUUUUCCCCUCGAUUCUGAUGAUGAGGAGGCCUCUGGACAAGACCAAGGAGGCAGAUGAUGUUAAAGACCGAAAAAGCCUUCCCAAGAGACCUGCCAAGGUCAAGUUUGCUCAUCGAAGAGAGCCCAAACUUCUGAGGGAAUGCUGUCACUGUCAAAAAUCAAGUGAGACAGCUCCUGGCAAGAGAAGAUUGAGUUCGCAGCCUGAGCAGUGGGUGACAGAGAAUUCAGAGCACUCACCAGAUGUGGAAGAUGUGAUCGAUAGUGUUCAAUUCAUAGCAGAAAACAUGAAGAGCCACAAUGAAACAAAGGAGGUAGAAGAUGACUGGAAAUACAUGGCCAUGGUGGUGGACAGGGUCUUCCUCUGGGUGUUUAUAAUCGUCUGUGUGUUUGGAACCGUGGGGCUAUUUCUGCAGCCACUGCUUGGGAACACCGGAAAGUCUUAAUCUGUAUUUUCCUUUUGCCUUCUGAAUCUUUUAGAUGUUGUGUCUGUUCUGAACUACUUACCACAAGAAAAGGCCAAGUACCCAGUCUCCUAAACCCCGACAAGAAGGGGAAGGGGGACAACAUUACAACCUUAGGAGCCUGAAUAUAUGUCUUUGUAGUGCUGGGUGUCCAUUAGAGUGGUUUACCACCUUGGCGCCCAGAGCUGGUAGUGCUCCUAGGCCAGAAGCACUGACUCAGUUUCUCCAUGCUAGGCAUUCUUUGUUUCCAGGAACAUGAAUGGUCCCUCACAGAGCCGGGCCCCACAGCUAGCAUCAGUCCACACUGAAAAGGGAUUCUCUUGCAUCUGAAGCUCCUGUCCGUGGUUGCAAUGAUGUAUAAGACUAGAGAGAAAUUCUGCAACACUGCUGACAUUUGCAACACCUGUCUGCCACUCCACCCUACUUUCUUGUGCGUGUCUCUGUGAUGGAGCUCACACAAUUCUCCGACACAUGCGUGGUUCAAGAAGAAAAUAGACGCUGUCUCUCUUAGCAGACUUUCAAUUAGUUGUACUAUUGGCUCUCUCACUGUGUGAAAAAUCACCUGAGAUAAUUAGUGUGAAAGGAGGAAGUUGAUGUGAAUUCACGGUUUCAGAGGAUUUAGUCCAUGAUCACUAGGCCCCACUGCCUCUGGACCUUUGGGGAGGCAAAUCAUCAUGACUGUCAUGCCUAGUAGAGGGCAGCUGUCCCCUUUAUGACAGCUACCAAGAAAGCAAAAAGAGAAAAAGAAUCCAGGGUGCCAAUGUUCCCCUCAGAGGCACACGCCAAUGACUUAACUUCUUCCUAUAGGGCCUCAUGUCCCAGAAGCUCCACUACCUCCCAGUAGUGAAGAGGAUUAAGUCUUUAACACAUGUCCUUGGGGGUGAUCCAAACCACAGCAGUAUUGUUCUGGCAGGACAUUUGGCUGGUACCCAGUACUGUGCUAGGUGCUACAAGGGUAACAUGAGUAGAUUCUUUCCCUUGUAAAGUUACAGCCUUUUAAAAAAGUCAUAGAAGAAAGACCCACAGGACCAGGUAGUGGAAAAACCUAAAAUCACUCUUGUGUUUCAGAUAGGCAUCUGUCUAGUCUUUUCCCAUGAACCCUUCACAUGCUCACUGCAUAGAGACCAAUAAAAUCUUUAAGAAAUUUUAAUCUUCUGCCAUUUGGAGCGAUUUCUUUUCUGAGUGGGUGAACAUUGAGAAUUGUGUAGUGUUCCACUCCGGUUACUUGCAGGUGUAUCUUAGACAGCAGCCCACGGAGUCUAGUAAAGGAGAUGUUUCCAGUUCUACCUUUUCUCUCCCAGCAAGUCCUUGCUCAUGUGCAUAGGUAAUUUCAUGAUUCAAUUUUACCUUCUGAUUCUGUUGUCUCAAAACAAUAUCAGCAACCUUUGGCAGGACCUGGAUGAUGGACUAUCUGUCAUCCUUGAGAGGUGGUCACCUAAUCCCCUUUCAGGAUGAGGCUGCAGAGGCAGCCAUACCUCUCACUGGACAGAGGCUCCAUGAUGGGUGAUUUGAUGUGCUCUGGCUCAUAUUGGACAAUAUAAAGAAAGGGAUCUCUGAGAUCCUCAGGGAUGCUGAGUAAGCCACAGGCCUUCCCAAAAAUCCUCCACAGGUUGGGGGCCACCUUGGCCUGUGCUAUAAUAGUGGUCUAGCUACACCAAGGAGAUGUCUUGGGUGGUGCCUCCAUUCUCCUUCAGAUCUAGGUGGUCAACCAUGUGGCUUCUAGGGUUGUUUUGUUUGUUUGUUGUUGUUGCUGUUUUUUUUUUAAUUAGAACAUUUGUUUUGUUAUGCUGUAGAAGUUCCUUACAUGCUGUGCAAACAAAUUCUCCAUCCAGUGUUAGCAUAAAUAUUGUGUGAAUUGCAUUGUAAGAAUGACCUCAGACAGGGCCCAGAGGAAACCCAUCUGAAUGUCUUCAUGCUUGAGUAUGCCUUAGUGCUUGAGAAUAUGUCAGGCUUUCUGGCCCAGCUUCCUAGAAAUUACCUAGCAAUUAUCAAAAGAUUCUAUACUAAACAAACUGACACACCUUUUAAAUGAAGUAUAUCAUGUUGUUUGUUUGUUUGUUUUUGUUUGCUUGGUUAUUUGUUUGUUUGUUUGUUUGUUUGUUUUUGGAGGCAGGAGCACAACAUUUUUUUCUGAAGAAUAAGAGAAAGCAUGAACUGAAAAUCUGUAGAGGAGCAUGAAAUAAAUCGUUAAAU